AUGGCAUUAGACGAGAAAAUGAAACUCUGGUCCGACCAUGAUGCAGACUCUGUGGAUGAUGAGGAAUGCAGCAAACCGAUCCAAGAGUCCGAUAUAUUUCCCGAUGCCGAAGGUGAAUGCUCUCCUAUUCCUGCCGACAUUGUUGAUUUGCACCCAGAAAUCAAGAUAGGUGAAACUUUUAAGGUUGUAAUGCCUGAACUGCAUGAAUAUCGCGAGUACAUCGUCAGACAUCCGGCAUAUGACUGGCUUCUUAGCGAUCUCCAGAGGCACUGUCUUCACAAUUCAUCAACCCAAGAAGUGAGGGCGGAAAUUAAUAGAACAAUUUUGCACGGCCUGCCUUCACAAACUCGUUUCAGCAGACGAGACUCAGAACUUCCCUACAAAAUGACGUACACUGUAGACUGGGACCUUAUUUCAUUUCUGGAGGACCAGGAUUAUAACGAAGAAAGUUUCAAAGCGCUCCCGCUGGUCAUCACAAUUACUGGCUCUCGGAAAGCAGCUCAAGCGCUUACAUGUUCCCAAUACCUGCACCAGAUAUGGCCAUCGUCUGCCGGAGAGGUUCUCAAGUUACUUCAGACCUUGCUAGAAUCUGGACCAAGAAACAAAGCUAGAGGUUCCGCCUAUUCAAUCGCCGAAGUUGGCGAGCAGCUCUCCUGGCUUGGAUCCGCUCUUCGCUCUUCGCCAUAUCCAGAUCCAAUCGCAUACUGUCGGCCUCAGGUCGAGAAAUUCCAGAUGACCGAUUAUAAAAGUCAGACAGCAAAGCGACAAUUUACCGCGGAGGUCAGCGCAGAUAUUUCCUUUGCAAUGGAUAGGAUCGAAUUUUCUUCCAAUGCAAGCGGGGAGUGUUGGCAUGAUCUCUUCCGGAACUGUGUUGUUGUGCAGGGCUACCCAAUAUCCCGACGACUUGAAUGCGGCGCUUCAAGUGGCCUUGAAAUUCCGCUUCACAUGAUGGCAUGUCUUGCAAAAGCGAAUUUUGUGAACACAUUUCGAAACUGUCUAAUCCUGAAAGGGUUCUCCGCUAUGCUUGUUCCAACCGAAAAUUAUGACGAGGUUAUUGUAUGGCAUUUAGUGUACAAUAAAAAUGGUGAUCGAAUAUCAUACCUUGAUAGCACGGUGGACCCUGCGGAGGGCCUGAUCGCCGGACGUUUAUCACAGGCCCGUCACAUUUUAGGAUGGUGCUCAGACACAAGAUACCUUGCCGGCGGUGAGCCCUUCUUGGAUGGAUACAAAGAUGUCCCUUUCCAUAUUUCCCGAGGUGGAUAUCUCAAGAAGCUCAAAUGGAUCAUCCAGAAGUCUGCGGUUCUCUGGGACGAGGAGACCAAGCAAGGGUGGUUGUUAAACGGAGCAGGCGCUCUCCUACACCUUGUGCGUGCCUCCAUAAUGCACGAUAGUACCGGUCCCCUCAGCUCGGAGUGUCUUUUUCGAUGGGAGAACCUAGAGGAGGCACCGGCCCAUAUCACACGCACUCCUGAAUCUGCUAUUGCAGUACUUUCGGACCGCGGUAACCGGGCUCUAACGAUCUAUCAGGACAAAGAUGAGCACAUCAAUUUUGAAGACCGAGUUGAGCACUUCCUCAACAUCUUCGAACAGAUCUUUGAUUAUCAGGUACAUGCUGUCGGGCCAGAUGGCAGUGGAUACAGUUCCAAGUCUAUUCCUCGGGCUCACUUCGAAGGCUGGGACUUCCAUGACCUCUCCACUGAAUCAGACCCAUUAUUUCCCCGACUAGCAAAAAUCCCCGUAAAGGGAAAAUCAUGGAUUGACUUUACCCGGUCAAUACAUACAAUCAAUCUAUUUGGUCGUGGGUUUGGGGAAAUGCUGGAGCCAUCAACUGUUUCUUGUCCUUACUGGGCCUCACUUCCUAGAGAUCAAUAUUAUUUGGCUGCAGGGAUUGCAGAAUUGCAGCAGAUGGUUGUCAAAUAUACAGGUGAUUUAACGGCAAAUCCUGUACGGCUAAGCGAAAAUCUCGUGUGGCAUAACCCAAAAAUGGUCUUUGAAUUCUGUGACUGCGCCGAUGCUACUGCAGAUCAUGCCGAUUUAGUUCAGGUGAUCUUACCAGCUACACUGUCAGAUGAGCCGCAGCAAUGCAAUAAUACCGUCACUCUGGCUCGUAAUGGCGCGGUGGUCUUCGGAUAUAAUCGAAGGUUUCGGUGGCGAUGGGGGGAUAUUGGGGACCCUGAAAGGGAUGAUAUCAAGGACAAUAAUGAAGUUCCCGUUGCCUCGACCUAUAUAUCUGGGCAUGAUGAUAUCAAGACCCAGGUUGGUUCUGAGAGUGAUUACUUCCGAUUAUCGAACACCCAGGCCUCUUCGAUUAAAGACACUGUGGCCACUUCAUCUGCUGAUCAUGGGUCUGCACGACCCAACCACUUAUUGAGAUCAUACACUAAGUGGAAUUUGGAAUCUCUAAGGGCUGAGGACUAUGCUGUCGGUAUUUUGUGCGCACUGCCAUUAGAGCUCCUGGCUGUCCGCGCGUUAUUCGAUCAAACCCACCCCGACCUCUCUCUGUCUGCUGUGGAUUCAAAUCACUACGCGCUAGGCCGUAUAGGGCGACACAAGGUCGUCACUGCGUGCCUGCCCUACGGUGAAUAUGGCACAAACUCUGCAGCAGAUGUUGCAUCGAAUUUGAGAAGAAGCUUUCCAUCGGUAAAAUUCUGUUUACUGGUCGGCAUCGGAGGUGGUGUCCCAUCGCCCCGACAUGACAUCCGUCUCGGUGACGUGGUGGUGAGCAAGCCAAUUGGAAUUAGCCCCGGCGUUAUCCAGUACGAUAUGGGCAAGGCUCUGGAAAAUGGUGUUUUCGAGCAGAGUGGAUUUCUCCAAGCUCCUUCACGUGUGAUUAUGACUGCACUCAGUAUUCUGGAGUCUGAUCCUCAUCUCCCUCCGAACCCUUUACAGGAAUAUAUUGAAGAAAUUACGGCGUGCAGAAAGGAGUAUCGGUAUCCAGGACCAGAGAAUGAUCGUCUAUUUUCUAGCGUCUAUGCGCACAAUCCCAAGCACGCCACGUGCGAUUCUUGCAGUAUUUCUCAUGUUACCACGCGGCCAAGCCGCUCGAAUCAUCACCCACAAAUACACUAUGGACUCAUUGCAUCGGGUAACAGAGUCAUGAAAGACGCAAAGCUGCGUGAUAUAUGGUGCAUGGAAAGAGAUGUUCUAUGCUUCGAAAUGGAAGCAGCUGGUAUCGUGAACACUUUUCCCUGUCUGGUCAUCAGAGGCAUUUGCGACUACUCAGAUAGUCACAAAAACAAACAGUUUCAGGAGUAUGCGGCAGCAACGGCUGCGUCAUACGCAAAACUUCUGCUUUACCAUUUGAAGGAUAGCAUUCACUUAAAUGGGACGGCAUGA